AUGUACCAGCCUACUCUAGAGUACCAUGGGAUAGUCACCACAUCACAUCACAUCAGACGAACAUACCGGUACUUCCAUAGCGCUGAAUUAUCAUCGACAGGGAGAGAUGCAAUCCCGGCCACGAAAACGCUCAUCGGAUAUUCGGUAGCGAGCUCUGGGGGCUCUUGUGUACUUGCCGUUUCGUACCGCUUCCUGAUUCUCGUGGGAAGACUCAAGCUGGCGAGACAGUGGCCGCACAUCCACGGCGAGUUGAAGUGCGAGAGUCGAGACGACUCUGGACUACGAGCGACCAGAGCGCGCAGUGUGCACCACACAUCCAGCACACAUCCACGCAUCCACACAUCCCUCCCAUCCCCGGAACUUGGCGGGAAGGAUGGGGGCGGCGCGGGGCGGGGGGGCGAGGGAGGGACACCGCGCGGGCUUGCUCUGGCAUUUUACUUCGGAAUGCCCGUCGGUGUGGUGCAAUCAGCCAAGCAACCUUCAUUCGCACUUGGAGAAGAGAGGGAAAGGGAACGACAGGAAUCGGGAACCAGCAGCGAACGAGCGAACGAGCGAGCGAACCAACGACCGGAACACCUGCUGCGAAGCACCUACUGCUAG